CGGAGAUGGUCAUCAGUCAGGAGUUGUUGGUGGUGAUAACAGGAGCUCAAGGCCUCUACUCACCUUUCGAAAUUUUAUUAAGGUCACCGUUCCCGUGGAAUUGAAAAUGGCGAAGUGUUUAUUUAUUGUGGUUCUUGCUUUUCUACACUGCGAAUGCUCCAGUCUCAUAAGAAAAAACAAUGAACCGUACAUGUAUAAGAGCAUUAACACCGGCCGCCCGAUAUUAUUUGUGACAGAACUUGUAAAGACACGACCGUUGAAGCAAAAGGACACGAUGAUGAUGAUGGGAAACGCUCCUGAAGACUUCUCAGUCGACAUAAGCAAGAGGCCCAUCGACGUCUCGUCUAGGACGAACGCCCUCCUCAAUCCUGCCCCAAUCAAUGAAGUCGAAAAUACCAUUGAGGAAAUGGUGGAUGUGAUGAAUAAAUCAGAGGAGGUUGGUAGCGAUGAUCCACUGAUGAACGAUUUAAUGGAAAUUAAAAAAGAAAUGAAUAACACCAAGGAGGUAACAGUGCGAACGGGUACUCCCAGCGCUGCAGCUGAGACCCCUGACAGAUUCAUGGACAGAGUCAAGGAACUCUUAGCUGCAAGUGGAAUUGAAGCUCAGCUGCCCCUAGAUUGUGGAAGGAAUCCCUUGAGCCCAGGGGAUCCACUUAAUCAAGAACCGUUACCAUGGGUUGUUGCUCUUGGCUCCCGAGAAGAUGGUCGAUUCCAUUAUAGGUGCACUGGAGCAGUUAUUGAUCCAUUUCACGUCCUUACUGAUGCAGAAUGUGUUACUUCACCCAACAUAAAUGUGGCUCACAUGAAUGUUACGGGUGUUGUACCAGAGCCUUAUGCCAUAGAAAAUUUUGUUGUAGGACGCAGAGUACACCCAAGCAUCACGGACGCUGACAGUUUACUGAAUGGUGACAACAUUGGCAUUCUAGAACUUGCUUUGCCCCUUGAAUUUAAUGAUUACAUACAGCCCAUUUGUCUACCUGGAUUAUUUGAUAAACCAGACCCCGAUGAAAUAACCAAUUCAACUAUCCUUGGCUUUGACAAUAUCAGAGACACUCGACAAGGACGCGUUGCUGGUCUCUACGCCUGGCCAAAUUCCAAGACUUUCGGUGCAGCUGCAUGUUACAGUGCCAUCAGAAGUUUCAACAUGAGGCAUCCAGAUGAAACAUCAAAUCUCUUCAAAAUCAUAACCAAGAAUCAUCUCUGUGUUGACCGACCUUUUGAGGAGGUUGGAAAAUCCAUUGUUGUAAGAGAAGACCCUAAGACAGGACGUGUACAGUUGCUUGGUGUAGGACCAAUUGCAAAUGCCAAGAAAACCAAUCCAAUAGCCUACACCCUAGUUCAGCCACAUCGCUUCUGGAUUGAAUUAGUUCUGAAGAAAUUCAAGGACAAUGUUACACGUUUAUCUUGAAUGCCUCUCAUUAUUUAUCAUCUUAGGCUGUUCCAAGUUUGAAGGGUAAAGAAGAGAAAUGGUUAAACACCAUAGCCAAGAUGAUUUAAACAAGUCAUCUUGUGCAAACUGGUUAUCAUUCUAGUCUAUUUAUUGUGCAUUGGUUGUUAUUGAUUAUGAUGGAAGAUUUUUCUUGAAUGCAUGGGCAUUUAGUAUUAAUAUACCACUUAAAUUAUGAUUAAGGUUCAUAUUUCUUUACAUUUUAUCACCUUUAGUACUAUUGUAGUGGCUUUACCUACUUGUAAGCUCAUUGCAAAGAUUAAUUCCAUUGCAGGUAUUCUGUAUUUACUAACAUGGUAGAAAAAUUAAUGGUAUAACUUAAUGAGCAGGAAGCAUUAUCACAGAUUCUGUGUGGUGAAACUCCUCCCUUACAGUGUCCCCAGUAAUAAAGUACUUAUUUAGUCAUUAGUCUCUGAUAAGCAGUUGAAAAAUGAAAACUAAUUCAACAACUACCAAAUAGCAUUCAGUGUUCCAUCUAGCUCAUGAAUUACAGUACUGUAUGCCAACUUUAGUUUUAAUCAUGGAUUCAAUAGCUUCAGCAAAUUAAGAGGGUGUAUGUGAUACACUGCCAGCCUUUUUGUAUUAAUUGUAAAGUUCUCUGAACAAACAUGGGUAUAUCAACUGAGCAAUGUGUUUUAUAACUAGAAGUAAGUGACAGUGAAGGACCAUCCUUAAAGAGUAAUCAGUUGGUAAAUAGAACCCUUCAGGUUCACAAGUCAAGGAACCUUUUUUACCAGUUAUUUUUCCUUUGAUAGUAUAUAAAUUAAAAACUAAUUUUUCAUGGUUAGACCAAAGGGAUGAAUUACAUACAGUGAAAAAUGUUGUUUAUCUUGUACACUAUACAUUAUUUACUCUGCCUUUACAUGACUAAUUUCCAUGUAAAAACACAAAUUUGUAUGACUGAUUUCUAUGUAAAAAAAACAAAUUUGUACGACCGAUUUCCAUGUAAAAACACAAAUUCGUGUAGGCUACCUUAAAUGGGACAUACUGUACAUACAGAGGCCACCUACAUUCUAGGUAACUUCAUCACAGUGGGACAUGAAGUUAACUGAACAUUUCCAUGGUUAAACACAAUCCUUUAAAAACCAAUAUUUGGAAUAGUACAGUACAUACUUUUUUACUUACAUAGCAGUGCAUGUUUAGGAAAUUCACAGCUACACAAAAAUGAGAGGAGCAAUAAAUUACUGUAGUACUUGUGAAACUAAUGAUAUUCAUGAAUUACUAACUGAAGUAGUGAAACUAAUGAUAUUCAUGAAUUACUAACUGAAGUAGUAAGAUAAAAUAGUACAUUUUCUAAAGUUACUACCUCAAUUACUUCUUUUACAGCACCAAUCACACUGGUUCACUGCAUAAUGCCUAAGCACUUAACCAAACAUGUUUUAUUACAAGUGUAAAAUCAAUGGUUUAUAAAUACAAUUGAUACUAAGCCAUCCUGGAAAUUUAUGAAUUUUCUUAAAAUCCAUACUGCAUCAAAUUAGUUAUGUGGAUGAAUAAAAUCAAUACUGAGCCAUCAUGGAAAUUCAUGAUUUAAAAAAAAAAAAUUCACAUUGCAUCAAAAUGAUUAUGUUCAAACAGAAUGUCUUAGUCAUUUUAAAUUUAAAACUAUAUUAUAUUGCUAUCAUUUGGCUGAAACUUACAACCAAAUUUAAUAAAAAAUUUCAAGGUAGUCAGAACUUAAUAUUUUGAAUACAGUACUGUAUAACAUUUUAAUUUAAAACCGUCAUAUUGCUAUUAUUUGGCUAAAACUUGCAAACAACAAAUUUAAAGGAAAGUUAACAGUUUGCAUACAGCACUGUACAUGCUAUACAGGUGAUAAGUGUUUUCAUAUAAAAAUGUAUUUAGUCUAAUAUUCCUUGGAUAGUCUCAUGGAAUAUUAAUUUUACUUUGAAACUGACUUAAGGGAUAUUAAUUUCAAAGUAAUCUGUCUUUGUAUUAAACAAGAGUAUUGGUAUUUGCUAAGUAUAUUAUUAUUUUCAAUUACAAAAUUGCUUAAAAGAAAUCAGAGGCUUUGGAUCUAUUCAUCUUUCUUGCCUUGGGAGAUUUAUUUUUCAAUAUUGGAGAGGCUGACUUAGCACCAGGAGAUUUUCUAAUUACAUUUUUAAGAAUCUUCAAUGCUGGUCUGCCUACAAGAAUUGGAGAUGGAGAAGGUUUUAAGACUGGAGCUUUAGGCCUCCUGUCUGCACUAUAAGGAAUCUGGGGGCUAUUUCUUACUGAAUGCUCGUAAUCUUUAAAAUCAUGCUCUUGAUUCUGUUUCAAGUUGAUCUUGAUUGUCCUUUCUUUUGUUUUUGGAGUCUUUGGAGUUCCCUGUUAAGGCAAAGAAAAUGAAUUUCAUGAAAUUACAAACAUUUACAAAAGAAGUGGUAUCACCUUAAGUCAUCUUAAAUCAAGUCAGGAUCUUAUAAUAGCAGUAUAUUCUACUCUAAAGCUAAAGCUAAAAAUCAAAUUCUAAGGCCAGAUAUUGGAACAAUAAUUACAAACUUGCUUCAAAAUAAAAUAUCAGACUAUAACCGAACAGAAAUUAAACAUAGAGUAUAAAACAAUUUCAACAAGUUUAGUUUGGUUGAUAUUAAAAAUUUCUACGAAAAAAUCCUAUCACAUAAUUCUAAUAUCAAUACUAUUUCCACUGCAAAUCAUUAUAUUUUCUAAAUCAAAGUAAAUAAAUUUUAAAAUCCUGAUAAUAAUCCAUCAAUUUGUAAGUGUUCCGAUACCUGUCACCACAAUUACAUCCUCACUAAUUACAAAUACCACUACAAUAAACUAAUCAUUUGCAAACUUCAUUAAACUACUAAUUUAGUUUCCUUAACAUGUAACAAAAGAUGCAAGUACAAUAAAUGAAUCAAGAUCAAAAUGGAUAUCAAAACUAAAAAUACUAAGGUGUUAUAAUAUAUACUAUAACACUGGGCUGUGAUCGAGUCAAUGCAGAUGACAACUGAAAAUCAAAUGAUACUCAGACACUAACUGGACUAUUUUGCAGAUUAUGCCAUGAGGAGAAAAUGCCUAAUGAUUGAGAACCAAAGAAAGGUAUCCUGAUUGAAUGUGGUAAGCAUAGAGGCAUUACACUACGUCAGUUGUAAUGAAAAUAUUUAUUACGCUUACCCUCCAUACGUUAGACAGAAAAUGGUUAAAAGCUUUACCCGAGACCAGUUAUACAUAUAUAAAGAACUGAAGACCAGUAUGUAGGCCUAAAGCUAACUGAAAUUAUCUAAGUAAAACCGGUGUGGUUUUUAAGGAGUAUUUACAAUAAAAGUGAGGUGCUGUGUAUGUUAUGUGGUAACUAUAUUCAUGCUCCCUUGACAGUGUUUUAUUACUGUUUUGGCAGUGAUCCUUCUGUCAACCAACAAUAAAGAAUAGAAACUCCA